AUGAAGACGAAUACUCUCCGGAAUCCGAAGGGACCAGCCAUUGCAUCUAGAAGGGGAAUGGGAAAAGUCGUCCACGACUUCUACUCUGAACUCUUCGACAACCAUGUUCACUUACCUCCUCACCAUCGGAGGGAAAAUAGAAAUGUCGUUGGAGACGUUCUCCCGUCCGAAGUACGACAUGCUAUGUCAGCAAGAAAUCAUACCGCAUCCGGUCACGAGAGAAUAAGAUCAGAACACCUGAAGAACCCUCCACCAGUACUCAUCAACACUCUGGCAAGACUCUUUACACGUUAUCUGUCGUAG